AUGGUUCUCUUUUUGUCAACACCUUUUUCUUCCGUCUUUUUUUUUUUCCUUUUCUUUGCGCCUAUUUUCUCUUUUUGGCUUUGUUUCUUUCUUUCUAAUGUUUUUCUCUUUUUAUCAACACCUUUCUUAUUUUUUCGUUGGUUUUCCUCCUUUUCAUUGUUUACUCUUUUGCUUUUCUUUCGUCUUCUUUGUUUCCUUUCUUUCCGAAAAUUAAAUUUUCUUUCUUUGAAAUUCUUCCUUUCACACAUGUUAUUCUUUUUCUUUCCCGAUUUUAGCCUUUUUGUGAAACUCAUCCUAAUUGUCGUGUUUUCUGAUUUUACCUCCCCCCUUCUUCUCUUCAUCAUUCUGAUCUACGCUGCUUAUUCUUUCAAAUACCGAAACCAAUCUAUCUUUUUUUUAAUUUUUUUUUCCGUCUUCAAACACUGCAGUCAACAUCCUUUUACGCGGCUACAAUUCGUUUCCUUCAUAUUUGAUUUAAACAUCAUCACUUCUUCCUUCUUUUUCUUCCUCUUUUUCUUCUUUAUCUCCCAUUCUUCCUCAGUUCUUUCUUUCUAUUUCUUCUUUUAUAUCACAUUUUAUUUCUUUAGGUUAUUCCUUCUGUUUCUUCCUCUUUUUCUUCCUUCACGUUCUUUUUUUUUCUUCCUUUAUAUCUCUUUUUAUUACUUUAUGUUCUUCCUUCUUUUGUUUGCUCUUUUUCUUCCUUCAGUUUCUUCUCUGUUUUUUUUAUUUUUUUUUCCUUUUAUUCCUAUUUUUAUUCCUUUAGUUUCUUCCUCUUUUUUUCUUACUCUAUUUUCUUUUUUAUCUCCUCUUUUUCUUCCUUCAGUUGCUUCUUUGUUUUUCCUUUACUUUUUUUUUUAUUUCAAGACUCUUUUUCUUCUUUGUAUGCAUUCUCACUCCUUCUCUUUUCAUUUUAUUCGUGUUCUCAAUCUUUCUGCUUUUUCUUCUCCUAUGGCAUUUUUUAUUUCUCUUUUCUUCUGGUCCUUAUGCCUGAUAUUUUUUCUUUUUUUUUUUCUUUUUUUUUUUUUCGGAUGUCUUUCACUCUUCUUCUCCUUGAAAAUUUUGGUUGUUUCUAUAUAUUCUAGUUCGUUAUUUUUUCUUUCUUUUCCCUUAGCCAGCUUCUUUCUUCUUUUUCUUCUUCAUUUUCUUCUUUCUUAA